GGAGAUAAUUAUUUGCUGUUGACUGGCCAUUUGCAACAAGCCAGAAAGGUCACGGAAUAGGGACACUGGCUACCCAAAUGACGGGUGGGAUGUCCAUUUUACGGAAUGUGGUAUGAUGAUGUAUCGUACCAUGAUAAUCAACGACUAGGGCCUGGUGAAAACAGGCAUGUCAUCGUCAAAUGCAGAAGAGCAAAGUUUUUCUAAAUUAAUGGCAGGUGCAUUGUUAAUGGAUAGUGAUAAUGAUCUCUUAUGUAAUUGGACAGACGGUGCUACUACAUCUAAUGGAUCUGCCUUUGUUAAAGCAGAGAGAUCGGAUCAUUUUCAAUCGACACCUUCCAUUGAACCUUGGUCUAUUCAGAAUCAAGUGCCAGACUUUUCAACUCAUAGCAGCUACCCAUAUUUGCCACAAAAUAAUGGAACCUUUCACGCUCAAGUGCCAAAUGGACGAAUGCAUAACUUGUUCGGACAAACGUAUGAUCUUGAUAGCUUAAAGCCACUGCAUGAUCAGUUCAGACAAAAAUAUGGCAACUACUCUAAUGAAAAAUACCCUGAUUUUAACGUUGCCUUAAAAGCAGAAAUUUGCGAUCGAAAGUGGAAACCUUGUUCGUUUAAUUCAACUACAGAACUCUAUGAAAAUUUGAGCAAAAGUGUCACUAGUUCAUCAGAUGAAACAUAUUCCCAAAAGUCUUUCAAACAACAUGAAUCUAAACUCACACAACUUGGUAUUCCUAAUAGGCCUGAAGACCCACUGAAAAACAAACCGCCGUUUGAUUUUGGAGAAUCGGACAGCGAUUCUAAAGCAAGCGGAAGUGGAAGUGGCAGUCGACUUGAAGACUGGCCGCCAGGUAAUUCUCCACCUACUGUACCUUUGGAUAUAAAUAUUGACGAAAUGGUUAAUAGCGGUGUAACAGUUGCCGGUUACAAACCAAGAAAAAUCAUCUCAAAGAGAAAAAAGGCGAAUAUACCAUCGGAAUACAAAGACAAUGGUUACUGGGAGAAAAGAAAGAAAAACAACGACUCUGCACGACGAUCACGCGAAGCAAAAAAAGAGAAAGAGCGUAGUUUUUAUAAGAGAGCUCUGGAACUAGAAUAUGAGAACCAUUACUUAAAAGAAAGAGUUCAAUUUUUAGAAGGGAAGAUCGAAACAUUAAUGCAUCAAAACCCUAAUUUAUCAAACGGUGACAGUCAAACUACAUCACUAUGACGAUGUAGAUAUGUGUCGUCUUGUUGUAUUAGCGUUAAAAUAAACGGAAACUUUCCGUCCAUUGGCAGCAAGAAUGGACUGAUUGGUAACAGUUGGUCUUCCUGCACGAGAAAUCCGGUUGGUUUUAUAUUCAUGUUAACUACUUAUAUUGUAUGCAGACAAUCUCACUGAUACGAAACAGCAGCAUUUAAUGCCUAUUUGGUUUGGGGAAAAAACCUGCAAAUCAAAGAUUUAUUCAAAGAGCAGCAAAAUGUGAUACAUUCGUAUUUCUUCCUAGUUGGGCCAGUAUACAUUUUUUAUGUGUGCAUUCUGAUUAUAAGGGGUAACAUGCAUGAAGAAUUUUAUAUGGUGGGAACGUUUUUUCUUACCCUUUUUUCUAUUAACUUAAGUGAUAUUAACAUUAUUUUGGAUUUUAUACUUGUAUACAUUUAAAACAAUUUCAAGAAAUAAGAAAUUUUGGUUUUUAAAAUUCUAUAUAUGAUUUGGCUAUUCCAAUAGUCUGGAAUCAGCACUUGUGAUUGAUCUGAAUAACACGAAUCAUUUAUAAGUGAUUUAUUUCAUGAACUUGGUAUCUUUGGUGAGUUUUUUUUUAUAUGUAUAAGACACCUGAGGCUUAAGGAUUUUGUAGAACUGUAAUUGUAUCAUAUUUUGCUGUUAAUUUAGACCUAAAAUAUAGCAAAGUUAUGGUAAAGAUAUGUCUUCGACUGUAUUCAAUGCACAAUUGUCUGUCUGUGUAUUUUCAAUUAUUUUUAUUUUUCGGCAUCAUUUGUUUGGGCUUUUUCAUAUUCUCACACAACUUAAAAUGAAACCGUGUCCAUAACGUGAAACUAAAGUUCUAAUGAGAGAUUUCUACAGCUUUUGGACCUAAAAUUUUUGUAACAAAGAAGAUAAACUAUAGAAAAGCGUAUGAACCGAUUUCUAUAAGAUACCGGUAUAUUUCAUUAGAAAUAGAUAAGAGAUAAUGGUGUUUAAAACUCGUAAAUUCAUUUUAAAUGUACAAAUAAACAAGAAAACUGUUCAUUUGACACCAUGCCCCGUUUUCACUGUUACAUGUUAAAUGAGCUGCGAAAUCUGGGACAAAACCCUUACUUGACAUUAUAUUUUUAAAAGUUGACAUAAUUAUUUAACAACUUGAUGGUUAACUGUCAUAAACCAAAACUUUAAUUUUACAUUAUUUAAAUUCUUCAGAAUAUACUAUACUCUUUAUCAAUUCACAUUAACGGCACUAUAAAUGGAUUCGCAUUGAAUAUGAGCACGACGCACGUUUAUGACAUAACAUUCAUUAGGUUAACUGGAGACCAACUAUCUUAAACCAUAACUUUAACCUAUCUUGAACCAAAACUCAAACCUGAACAGUGAAUUGUGAUAUCUGAGUCAAAACCUUAAUUUGGCAUACAUAUUUAAAAGUUCACAAUGAAUGUAUGUACUAAGUUUCAAGUUGAUGUAAGCACAACUGCAUGGUAAGCUACCUUUAAUUAAAUCUUCGCCUGAUACGGGCAGACGUAUGGACACUAAGGCCGGAAAACAUACUUACCCAUACUUUAGUAUAUGGGGCAUAAAAACUGCAUUAAUAGUAAAAAUGCACUGUCUAUCUGACAAACAUAUUGUAAAAUAUGAAUUAUAUUUUUCUGACUUAUGAUUUUUGAUCCCCUCAUUGGUAUCUUUUAACUUUGUUUGUUCUGUUUAUACUUCUGAGUGUCAAGAAUGUAUGAUACUCUGUAUCAAUAAACGAUGAGAAUGCUCAUUAUAUGUGAUUGCUGUAUAAUGUUGCUGUUAGACAAAGUCGACACUCUUCAUUUAAAUCUCACAUUGGACGCUAUAGAUUGGUUAUUUCUUGUGUACAUUUUCUAAUAAGUGGUGCAUGACUCUCAACGUGUCUUUAUUUCAUAUCCAACUUAAAAAUCAAAAUCGCAAAGAUCACUAAGAAAGAUUUUAUCUUGCUGUUUAUACAGUCAUAAAUCUGCUCUUGCUUCAAAAAAUAAUUGCGCAAUUGAAAAUAAACUUUCCAGUUUUCGACACAGUUAAGACUGAUUUUGUCUUUAGUUAUUCCUUCAGAAUGAUCUGUAAGUGGCAGGAUAAUUUCAGAAAUAGAUACAUAAACAGUACAAAUAACCGCCCGUUUUCAUUCCGGUUUGUUCAUAAUUCGUAAUGGAUAACUUACCAAAUGUAUUGUUCCUGAAGAUUUCAAACUGAAAAUGCCCGACUAUAUAUCUGUUGCUGUUGCAAAUAAUCAGCGACUAAUUCGGAAUCGUGUGUUUGAUACAAAAUGUUACGCUUUUCUUACCAGAUUUUUGAACAUCUUUGAUUUAGCUUUCACUCUUAUAAGACUUAAUUAUGCAUAAUCUAAAUUCUACAGAUUAUGAUAUACCCUUUCCUGUCAAUUCAAUUCACAUCAACUGCACUAUAAAUGAACUCGCAUUGAAAAUGAUGAAUGUAGGAGAAAUCUAUCAACUGGAAGUCAGUGCAUAUUGAUAUGAGGUUCUGAGUGCAUCUAACACUGAAUCACAUCCCUAUUGUUCCGUCACUAUUUGCCGAAAUUAUCAGUGUUAAUGUUAAUCACAUUCAUGUGUUUUAAACAUAUGAGAAAAGGAUUGAACGGACCAGUCAAACUAUAUAUAUAUAUUAAUGACUUGCUCAAAUGGCAUUCAUGUUGAUGUUGUUUAAAGUAUAUUAUAAAGAUGUUUAGAUUUGUUGAAACUGUUCAUUACUAUGUUAUCCAAUUGUAAAUGUGUAAAUAUAGUCAUAUUUUCGAAUGGCUUUGCAUAUUUUUCAGUUGUAGAACUGCAUAUAUAUAUAUACAUUUAUAUAUAUAUAAACAUAUUGUUAUGUUUCUUUCGGGUCAAACCUGGCUUUAAUUUAUAAAAAUUGCUUUCAAACUAAUUUCGAAUAUUAAUUCUCAAUCACUAUCUUUCAAAUUAUUGAGGUCAUCAUAUCUUAUUGAAUAAAAGUGCCAGUGCUCACAAAUAAAUGCAAUGAUAAAUUUCAGCAAUUCGCCAAUUAACAAACACAUAAUAGUAUGUAAAAUGUUUUCUUUGUACAUGUAUUGUCAUAUUACUAAAUAUAAAUAGAUAUUUGUAUUCAUGAUACAUUUUCUUGGUGUAAACUAUCAAUUUGACUAUAGAAUGUUUUGUUUUGUUUGGUUGUGUAAUGCAAUAUUAUAGAAAGUAUUUAGAUAUUUGAAUUGAAACAUAUAUUGUUACAAAAAUUUCGAUUUGUGCAAUAAUGCUUGUAUUUUGUGAUUUUUUCAAUUGUAUCAAAUGCAGGUUUUGUCCUCUGUCUAUGUCCAUCAAAUGCAUUAAAUGCAUGAAUAUCUUUUAUAAUGUAUUCUGUUUUAUGUUCCACUGGAAUUAAAAGUUUUAUAAGCUUAUAUUAAUUUGCUAAGAAGAAACGUAUUAUUUAGAUGCAACUUUUUUAUUUGUUGAUAAUCCUAGAUUAUGGUGCUAUUUUGAUUUUAUUCUGAAAAAAAAAAUCGAUAUACAGUCAAAGGGGUGCAACUCUAAAUAUUAACUGUAUAAGAGAAAGAAAGGCGGUAACAGAAAAGUUACCAACAGUUGUGCUAUGUUUACCGCUACCCACUCCUCCAAUUAAUACGUGUGCAUUGUAAAACAAUGUAACGCAACUAUAUAGAAUUAAAUAUACUUCACGAGAAAUUUGCUUUUUAGUUCCAACAGUUAGAAAUAAUAUGAUACAUAUUACUUUUGUUUUUGCUGCAAAAGGUGCUUUACAGUUAUUUUCCAUAUAUGUUAUACUGUGCCAUAUUAUGUUGCAUGAGGUUUUAUUUAUUUUACAAAACUUCUAACAUUGUCAGUGAUAAUUUUAUAGCUGUACAAAUUAUCUUCAAGUAAUAAGAAAUCAUAUAACCCGGUGUUACAUUGAAAUGAAGGUGUACUUACAACCACUCUUCCAAAACUAAGUUUAUCCAGAUCAAAUAAAAGUUGUUAUGGUUAUAUCAACAAUUAGAUGCAAUUUUUAAUUAAAGCAAAAUAUGUGAUAAAUAAUCGGCUUAUCAAAUCCUCAGUAUGUUUCAAUUUGGCGUAUUUUUAAAAUUAACCAGUAUAUAACUGUACCAACAACAAAAUUUAAAAUUCAUUAACUAAUUCUAGUUUGGACUUAAUUUGAAUACAAUUAUUUAAUGAAAUCCAUUGAUAUCUUUCGCAUUUGGAUUUUCAAAAUGUGUUUCAAAUAGGCUCUUACGUAACGUCUUGAUCGUUCUGUAACGUAUGAAUACUUAGCGCAUCAUCAAAAUUAUGCAUUAAUUAUUUAAGAGAGGAAAACGUUUUUCGAUUGCUAAAGAUUUUGUAGGCAUCUCGGUGAAACUUUGGCUGGAUGAACUUAACUUUGGUUAAGGUGGUGGAAUCGUUUUAAUUUCAAUGACAAACAAAAUAAUGUGUGUAAUAGCAGGGGGCUAGAACCUCCUUGGUAAUAGUUAUGUCUUUGAUUGUGAUUUUGUUGUUUCAUGUGCUUAUCUUUUGUAAUAUGUAAAUAUGUAGCUUAGUUGCAAAGCAACACUAUAGCAAAUGCAUUUUUCUUUGAAUAUUUGAUCAGUUUCUUCUGACGGCAUAAGAAAGUACCAAAUGCCUUCAGAUUGUUGUAAAAAUCAUUGCAUAUAUAUUUUGGUUUUUUAGCUUAAAGCAUGUUUAAAGAUUCCAAACAUGAAUGAAGCUUUCAUAACUAUGCAAAAUCUACUUUACAUAAAAGAUCAUCUUAAUCCAUUGCGUUACUUGAAUGACGACUUUAUUUUAGAAUCAUGGUGAAUGAUUAUCCAAAUUAUUAUCAAGAUUUCUUUGGUGAUCUAGAAGAAACAUUUUUGAUAAUAACUAUAUGAUAUAAUCCAGAGCAAAAAUAUUUCUAUGCAUUUAGACUUGUAUAAAAACAAUUACAAGUUGAAUACUUGUGGUAUUAUAAGUUAAUGUGAAGAUGUGUAUACAUAUGUCAACCAUUAUAAGUAUUGAUGAUUUGCUAUAUUUCUUCAUCUGAGGAAACAUGUCAUACAACUUUUCUAUGUGAAAUAACAUGUUGCAGACAAUUUUAGAUAAAGAUGUUUUGUAAUACAAUUACGAGCUGUUAGCUUUAUUUGAUUACACAGCCGCGGAUAAAUGCAUAAAAAAGUAAUAGUGACACAUUGCAAUUCAAGAUAAAAGCGUAAAUUUAGAGUACAGAUGUACCGAAAUGUUCUGAACAUUAAACAAAAACUAUGUAAAUCCUAUAUAUAGCCUUAUUAUAUAUCAAUAAUGUCUACUAAUUAAUACUUAAUAACAAUGAAUUCUUUCUGGUUGGAAAGAAUAUAUAGUCCACAGGAUGAAAAUAGGCAAAUUAAUUUAUUGAUAAUCAUAAGUGUAUUAUACAUAUACAUUGCACAAAAGUCGAGAAUUGCAAUUAGUUCAAACUUAACUACUUCACCCUUUGAUUUUCAUGUUUUCAGCCAUAAAAGGCUGAAUUGCUCAAAACCAAUUUACAUUUGUUAUUCUACAUUGACGGAAUUAAGUGCACCAGUGUCUCUAAUCUGCCUGGUGUAUCCCACAUAUUAUCUUAUUCAUGUAUAGUACGUCCGACAUAAGUAAUACCAUAUGUAGUAAUACAGUUUACAAACUUUUUUGUAGUGGUACACGUUAUUGUGUUUUGAUUACUUGAGUUAUGAUUAAUAAUGGACUUAAAUUAUAUUACUUAAGCUAUAUAAGACAACUAUACAAUUUGAAAUCUAGCCAAAACGAGAUAAAACCUUAAGGCUGAACUUUCCAAAUCAAUGAACCGUAGACAUAUUCCAACAGAUAGUUAGAAAAGUUACACAUAAUAGCAAGAAAGAUUCUCUAUUUCAUAUUCUAUAAUAAACCUUUUUUUUUAUAUUCCAAAAGUAACACUCUACCACUCAACAUUCAGGGUUCAAGCUCUACAGAUGCGAAAUACUGUGUUUUUGUUUUGGAUUCCAAAAGAAAAAAGAUAUUUUUAUUAACGAGGGUUAAUAGUUGCAUUUAGUUCAUAGUUGCAUUUAAGUUUCUAAAUAUUGUACUAUAUGCACUAUAAAUUUUGAGAUAAAUCGCCUUUGAAAUACCAAUAAUUCUUAAUCUGUAAUAAACUUUUAACGAAGAUUGUAAAAUAUGCAAACAAUUCAGUCCAACCCUUUAACCUUCCCUCGUCUAUUGUUUGAUUUUGAAUGGAUACAUCUGCCAAAACAACGAAUGAAAGUAAUUUACAUAAUCCCACCGAUUAUGCAUUUUAUUUUGUAAUAACAUUGCAAAUUCUAUAAAAGUAUUUACCACAAUGAAAAGUAUAUGCACUGAUAAGUUAUGGAAGAUAGUAGUGCUUUAUGAAAUUUCUGAAUUGUUUGUUGUUUCAAAAUGUCUCAAUGAAGAAAUGUCUGCAACAUGAAUUCAAGUCAUGAACGAAAUCUAUUUUUAAUACAGAAAGAUUUAUAAGACAACAAUAUGUUAACCUUUUAUAUCAUGGCAAGUACAUUGUAUAUGCAAAAUAAAUAUGAAAUUACUUUUGUGAACGAUGAUAACCUAAUAAUAACUACAGUAUAUAAUUAGUAUAUGAAUUUGUAGAAUCUUAGUAUAUUUUAAAAACUAUAUAUUGCCCAUAAGUUUAAUUGAUUUAAAUGAAUCAUUGGAUAUCUGAAUUUAUUUCAAAAUGAUAUUUAUUUCGAUCGCAAUAUAAAAUGAUAUACAUUACUAGUAGUUCCCAAAUUACUCCAGUCCUCUAAAUAGUGUUGCCCCAUCCGAAAAAGAUGCCCUUUAAUUAUAUGUAAGAUAGAAAAAUUCAAAAAGGCUUAAUAGCGAAUAUCAUAUAACUUGUCUGGAAUAAGUUUUAAAUGUUGUUGCACAAAGUUAUUUCUUUACUCAGUGUGUUUUCCUGAUUGAUGAAUAUAUCAUGAAAAAUUUAUCUUUCAAUUCUCAAAAAAAAAUAAAAAUCCAGAACAAUGCAAUAUAAGAUAGACUGGCACCUUUUAAAUACAAUUCAAUCCAGAAUAUCAGAUUUCAUUAUAUUAAUAAGAUGUUAAUAGAUAAAGUAAAUCGAAAUUGUCCAGAUUUUAUGUAAUAAUUUUGUAAACAUAAAAUUUCCAUCUUAUCAAAAAUUAUUGAUAAAGAUCGUUAACAUAUUGUUGUCCAUUUGAUUUUAAAUAAACUUGUGCAAAAUAGAGAGGUAUCGACAUUAUAUUUCCUAAAUCUACCUUACUUUUGAAAUAAUUAACAUGGUCGAAAUUGUUCCAAAUAAGUACUGUGAAAUCAAAUAGUUUUGUGAAAGGGUUUAUUUGUCUAUUCAAGUAAAGCAAUUGAAUAAAAUCUUUGUUUUCGAGCGAUAUUUACAAGGCAGGUACCACCAUGUGUGUAUUUUGUUAUUUGUGUGGAGUUUUAUCAAGCAUUCUACAUCUUGUAAACUUUUGUAUUAUGAAUACCAGAAAAGUUUGCAAUUUGGUUAUGAGUGUCGUGCAUUUGCACAUCAUACAACAUUGAUACGGUUGUGUCUUUAUUUUUUGGUUUGCAUGCAUGCCUAAUAGGGAGUUAACAAUCUCAACAAUGUGAAAUAGUUUUCAUGAUAUAGAGUGCUACUUUUAUAUUUUGUUUGGCGAAUUGUAAAACAAUUAUUUUGCCAUAUGUAGCUUCAUGUUUCAUCGUUGAAUAAAGUUAUACCUUAUGAU